AUGUCACUUAUAUUGGGUCAGCGAUGGAUUGAAUAUACGUGUACACUGCUGCAAAGUCGUUAUUGUAGACAUUACUUUUUACCUGACAUAAAUUUAUUUGAAAAUUAUCCCAAUGAAUUAUUAGAUAAAGCUUAUCAGAAAUUGAAACAUGCUGAAUUUGAUCACUGGAACGGAUGGGGAAAUAUGUAUCUUUAUGAGAACAUAGAUAGAUCAACAUCAUCCUAUGUUAAAAGUAUAUCAAAAAUAUUCACACCAUUAGUGGAUUAUUUUCAUAUGAAAAAAUUACAUUUUCGUCAAGAUAAAUUUUGGAAUCAAUUACCGACUACAUACAUGUCAUUGUCCAUGUUAUCAUUAUCAGAAUAUCAUUCACGCAAUUGGUGGAACGAGUGGCGACGUGUUCUACUAAAUUAUAAAAGGGAUCAUACCGUCCAACAACAGUCAACGGGUGAAAAUUAUUCUUAUUUCGAUGUUUGGCUUGGUAUAUUUUAUGGAAAUAUUCUGUUAAGACACAUUCCAACAACAACCUCUCACAAUCGUAUCUUAGAAAAUGAACAACAGUUUCACUCCUAUUUGAAAACAAUUGAAGAGGUAUGUUACGAGCCAGUUGAAACAUUUGAUAAAUGUUCCUGGCCUGCACAUUCACCCGGUCAUAAUCUACUUCAACCACAGAUAUUAAUUCAAACAUUGGUGUAUAAAAUCGCAAGGCGCUUGGAACAAAUGACUCUUUCGUAG